GGUGUAGAAAAGUGUUCUAUUAAGCAGUUUAAGCCUGUUUUCAAACGAAUAGUAAGAAUGAAAGGAGAGAUACUUAUUAUCGGACUAUUUCUGGUCUCGCUUCCAGACACCAGCCUGGCCACUGACUGUCCGGAUGGCUGGAUGGCGUACAACGCUUCAUGCUACCUGUUCGCACACGACAGUAUGCACUACGUCGAGGCAGAGAAAUUCUGCGAGCAUCUUCAUUCCCACCUGGUGCGUAUCGACACCCAGGAAGAAAGCAUAUUUCUGUCCAGCUUUCUAGCCGACAUCAAAGAUCCUUACCACUGGAUUGGACUGACCGAUGACGUCAUUGAGGGUCAGUGGAAGUGGCACGAUACGGACCAGGUCGCGACGUUUACGAACUGGUGGACCGGGCAGCCGGACGGACUUAGGAACGCCAACUGUGUCAUCAUUCACGCCGCAUUGCAGUACAAAUGGACCGACCAGGGCUGCCAGGAGAGCUUUAAACCACUCUGCGAGAUCGCCGGUGCUGUCAUUGGUCACGAAGUUGAAGUUUUCGGUUAACAGAAUGCAUGGACUGUAAUGAAUAACCGUCGGUUUAAGUGUAAUGAUAUUGCUUGUCAGAAAUAAAAAAAA